AUGGUAACCAAUGAAGAUAAUGAGCUAUUGCCUAUGCGCACUAUCACUGGUUGGAAGAUAUCCAUGGAUUAUCGUAAGCUCAACAAUGCUACAAAGAAAUACCAUUUUUCUCUACUCUUCAUCAAUAAAAUAUUGGAUCAAUUGGAAGGCAAAGCAAUCUAUUGCUUUUCAGAUGGGAUGAUGCCUUUUAGACUCUGUAAUGUCCCCAAUAACUUUUCAGCAUUGCAUCCAAAUCAUCUUUUUGACAUGGUUGAGGACUUUCUUGAGAUAUUCAUGGAUGAUUUCUCUGUUUCUGGAUAUAACUUAGAGUUAUGCCUUGGUUUCCCUAAUGAAAUUCUACCAGCAUUUGUCGAUACUGAGGCAACCCCUGAGCCUGAUGAUGUCGAUCUUGCUGAUGCUGAGCCCGUGCCAGACCCUCAACCCAGCCCCCAUCUCAUGGUGUUCCUGAUAAGCCGUCUCAUUCAGCCCCUAGUCUAG